AUGAAGGGACGCCCUAUUGAUCAGCUCGUUUAUGAGUGCAUGUUUCCAAAACCAAAAACAGGCGAUCCUCAAAGUUUUCAAGCUUUUCUACAGCGAAGUCUUGUGCCUGAAGUUCGUCAUGAAACUCAAGCAUUCUAUGGUCACUUAACUUCGCAGGAAGCAAAGUACCCCGGGUUAGAUUAUUCGCAUCCGCCGCAUCGAGUUCGAUUAUCGAGAUUUCCAUGGCACAGACGACUAUUUCGAGCCUUUGAUAACUUGAAACUUACGAAUUAUGAAAUUGCGACUUUGACAAAAUGGGAAGGUACACGUUGGGCAAAGGAAAGAUUUGAGAAGGAACAAGGAAUUAUUAUUAGGGAUACAACUGGUGAUGGAAUUGAGGAUUGGGUAUCGCCGGAAUUAAGGCCUGUAAAUGUGCGACCUACAGUGCCAGGGGAUAAAGGGGAGGAGGAAGAAUUAGAAGAUGAUGGAGAAUUGGAGGAGAAUGAGAGAGAGGAAGAUGAUGGAGAAAGUGAUAGUGAAAUUACAAGUGUGGGAACGGCAUUGAAUGAGAGAUUGAGAGCUGCUGCUGCUCAAAGAGAAGCAGGAAAUUUAACUGCACCAAUGGAUGAAGAAUGGGAACAAUGGUUAAAGGAUGCGGUUGAGAGAGGAAACAUUGAUAUCUCAAAUGCCGAAUUGAAUCCGGAUGCCAAUGUCGUGGGUACUCGACCAACUCCUAGUGGAUCACAAGUUUCUGCUCCACCUUCAGGUCAAUUCACGAAUGUUUCCAGAGAAUCGAAUUCAAAUAUGUUAUUCGAAACAAUCGAUAGAACACGCAGUCGACCAAAUACCUUGAAUGAUUAUUAUCUAAGCACCAACUCACAUAUCCGUACAUCACCACGACCUAAUAUUCAGGGUGUUAUCAGUACAAUGGAUAUCGUAAGACGGGAGCCAGGAAGACCAAUAGAAGUGGGCAAUCGAUACGAAUAUGCCACAAGAUCUUCAAGUUCUACUUCUUAA